AAAAACAAGCUGAUACUGAGCACGGCCCUUCUAGUACUUGGUUAGUUGGAGGCUGUGAGCAUGAAAAACCUCCCCGAAGUUUCAGCCUUCUGACAGCAACGCAGCGCAGAGCAGCAAGUGUCAGCCUUGGUUUUUGCCUCCCUUCCAUGGCUUCCUCCUGAAUCAUUCCUGGCCUGAUGACCAUCAGUUCUGAAGGAGAUAUUUCUAUUUCAUCCCGUUGACAGGUGGAUUUAUGUUCUCGAGAAGUACUCUUCGUUUGACUAAUUUAGCAGUCCUUCUUGAUUCCUGACGUCUUACGUGCACGGCCUUCGUAGCUAGGUCGAGCAAACAUGCAAACGCGGUCUAGAAGUAAGCGAUCCUUAGUCUCUAUCUCAUCCACGGAGCCGUCCGACUCCGUCUCUACGCGAAAGCGGGUUACCCGAGCAUCCCCGAACGAACAAGAAUCCUCGGCUCAGGUAGCUCCGUCUAUCGGCUUACAAGUGGGUAGUCAGCGAUACAGCAGCCAGACUAGACGAGCUUCUGCGACGAAUUCGGCGACUGCUGCAACGAAUGCGACUGUAGCGACGAAUUCGAAAAAUGGGAAUGCGACUGCUACUGCUAGAAACGCGGGGAAUCGUAAGGCGACGAAUAGUGCCAAGAAUUCGACAAAACCGACUGUCGCGAAGGAUGACGUCAGCGCGAGCUCGGCUGCGAUCAGCGUGCCUGACGAGGUUACCACCAAUAGGGUUACCACCAGCAGGGUUACCACCAGAAGCAGAAGCGGAAGCAAAGGUGAAAACAGAGGCGCGACUAUCAACGCGAGAAGAGGCGGGAAUGGAGCCACGGCGAGUUGCGACGCUGUAAGAAUGGUUCUCAGCAGCAGCAGCUCUGACGACGGGGAUUCCGUGAAUCAUUCACAACGUAAGGAGGUUCUGCGCUGCUCUAAUACGGCGGAGCAGUUCUAUUCGCCGGCUGAAAAUGGUUCAAAGAACGCGUUUGCUGCAUCCGAGCCGGUUCAGAAGGCUCUGUUUCACUCACCUGUGGAUCCACACGAGGAAUUCUACUCGCCUGCAUCCGAUGCAGCUUUUUCCGAGGAACCAAAGAAGCGUGUGCAUGCAUCAGAUGCAGCCGUUUCCGAGCCUUCGAAGAAGCAUUCGCCUGUUUCAGAUGCAGCUUUUUCUGAGGCUCCUAAGAAGCAGGUGCCUGCUUCAGAUGCAGCCGGUUCUGGGGCUCCUAAGAGGCAUUCGCCUGGUUCAAAUGCAGCCGUUCGUGAAGCACCGAAAGAAGACUCGCCUGCUUCUGUCGCAGCCGCUUCCGAAGCGUCUAAGAAACACUCGCCUGUCUCAGACGCAGCCGUUUCUGAGGCGCCAAAGAGGCAGUCGCCUGCUACUGAAGCAACCGUUUCUGGGGCUUCCUUGAAGCAUCCGCCUGUUUCCGACGCAGCCGUUUCCGAGGCACUAAAGAAGCAUCUGUCGGCUCCAGACGCGGCAGCAGCCGUCAAUUCCUUUCCUAUCGCCUCUUCUUCCUUGCGAACGUCUAGCAAACCAGCAGCGAAUGGAUCCGUGACACGUGUACCGAAGGGCGUUGAUCACGUGGCUGGACGAGGCUCGCUAGCCCCUGCUCGGCCGCCUGGUGUGAAUGUGAUCACACUGAGCGACGAUAGUGACAGUGACGCUAGGCCGCGUGGCGGAAGGCUGAGGAGGAGCAGGAGAGGCGCAAAGGGGGAGGAGAGCAAACGUGGAGCAAAGAAGGGUUUCAUUGCUGCAAAGAACAAGGCUCCUGUUAUUGUAAUCGAUGACAGUGACGACGAGGAUGACAAUAAGGAGGAUGAGGUGGAGGGAGGGGAGGAGAAGAAUGAGGAGAGUCAGAAGGAGAAGGAUGCAGAGGAAAGGGUGGGAGUGGUGGGGGAUGAACGGCUCACAGAGACGCGUGCUCCUGCUGCCGCUGCUGCUGCUCCUGCUGCUGCUCCUGCUGCUCCUGCUGCCCCUGCUGCUGCUGCUGCUGCUGCAGUUUCAAAGGCUCUGAAUGGGGUUGCUGACUUAAGACAGAAUGGGAGGUGCCAGGGCCAGAAGAAUCCAAUGAUUGCGCGGGCAAGUACUGGCACUUGCACGGAAGCUCGUAACCGAUUGGUUACGGAAGGAAACAGUCCCGUGACAGUGGCGGUUUCAGGAGUGAAGGCAGAGAGAGGAGCAGUCGAAGUGGUGGGAGGCGGUGCAAAGGGGUGUGAUGUAAGGGGAGGUGAUACUAGCGUGGGUGACGCUAAGGGUUAUGCGGAUGUGGGUACGCAAGCAAUUGGUGCAGCAGCAAAGGACGUGCCAGGGAAGGGUGAUGCGGCUGCUAAUGCCGCAGGGAAGGGUGACUUAGCAGCUGCUGCUGCUGCUGCUGCUGCUGAUGAUGAUGAUGAUGAGGAUGAUGAGGAUAUAGAGGACCUUUUUACCUAUGGGAAGCUGCGUGUGCCUGCUCCACGUCCUGUGCGGCCAUGCAGGCCUGUGGGUAUUCUGAGUGCUGAUGGUAACUAUGAUGAGGAGAUGGAGGACUUCGAAGGUACUAGCAACAAUCCUCUCAGCCGCAAUCCCCUCUCCCCGGGCCCAUCCACCAACCCUCGCCCCAACCCGCUAAGUCCCAGGGCACCUAUGAGCCCUCCUCAUCAGAAUCCGCUAAGCCCCAGCCAUAAAUCAGCAGCAGGAGCAGCAGCAGCAGGCGCAGCAACAGCAGAUGAAGCAGCAAGCAGUGCUCUCAGCCGGUUUCGCCUGCUGAACCAAUCCAAGGCUCACCGCCACGGGCCCCUCGCGUUCCUCGCCUCCGAACCUGACCCAGGCUCGGGUGGAGGCUCGGUCAAGGCAAGCGAGGCAAAAGCAGCUGCUGAGCAUGGGUACCCAGCACCAUCCUCAUGCCAUCCACCUCAAUCACACCCUAUGCAUGGCAUGGCAGGCCAUGCAGCCGCGCAUGGGCAGGCAGAGGGGGGGAGGGAGUGGGAGGAUGACUGGUUGGGGGAAGGGAGUGAUGGUGGUGUGGGAGAGGGCGCGGACAACCCUCAACUGGAGCUCUACCAAAGGGAAGUGAGCCGUGUGAGGCAGCAGCAGGCGGAGCUGGCCCGCAUGAGAGAGCAGCUUUCUGAGGACGGUCUGAGGGAACAGGUGAUGUCCGCAUGCCACUUGGCUUCACAAGAGCAGCAGCAGCAAGAGCAGCCGGACUGGACUCGUGGUCAGAACGGGAAUGGCAGCCACUUAGACGGAGCCAGCGGUGCAGCAGCAGCAGUGGCACCACCCGCUGCUGCAGCACCCGCAGCAACACCGGUAGUAGCACCGUCGGCGGCGGCACUGGCAGCAGCAGCUGCAGCAGCAGCAGGCAUUGGGAGAUCAAGGGGCAGCAGGAGGAGGAGCAGUGGUGGAGGCAGCAGGGCAGCUAGGAAAAGAGAGCUUGUGGCAGCAAUGACGGAAGCAGUAGUAUCAUCACAAGCAGUUGUAGCAGCAUUCAGAGCUGUAGCAUCACCACCACGUCCACCAGCAGCUGUAGCAGCAAUGAAAGAAGGAGCAGCAGCAGCAGCACUAAGCAGGGUGGCAGCUACUCCCAGCAGAACCAAAGGACCAUCGCACCAAGGAUUAGGUUUUGCAGCUUUCAAUGGUGCUGGUGCAGGGCAUGGGAAUGGUGCUGCUGCCAGUGGUGCAGGUGUAGGUGCAAGUGCUGCAGGGAAUGCAGGUGCAUUGCAGGCGAAUGGAAGGCAUUUGGCAGGAGGGGGAGAGGCAGGGGAGCAAGGGGGGGAGGGUGGGGGCGAGCGCAUUCGGCUGAGGGUGACUGGGAGCCUUGGAGAGCACAUGUUUCGACUGGGGAAGGGUGACAAUCUAGAGAAGCUGUUUGUUGCAUACGCCAACAAGGGAGGAGUGCCAGUGGGCUCGCUCAAGUUUGUCUUCGAUGGGGACGCGCUAAAGAGUGAUUCAACACCAGCUGACCUGGACCUUGAGGACGAGGACCAGAUUGAAGCUGUGUGCAGGUAGUCUAAAAGAUGACCGUGGAAUUUCUACUGGCAAGUGUAUACUGCUGAUGGAUUUGUGAUGAUACUGUAGUCAUGAGUCAUGACCCGGCUGUCAUCUCGCUUUUGCCUAUCACUGUACCAUAU